AUGAUCAAUUCCACUUUCCGGCGCAGGACCCAUCUAGUUCAGUCUUUCUCCGUCGUCUUCCUCUACUUCCUCUACUACGUCUCAUAA